AUGAAGUCACUUAUAUCUCAGAGCGUUUGGAGAACCGUUGCCUUGGCACUGACUACGGCACUGGUUUCUCUGGGUCAGGGCUCUGAAUAUGAGUACCUCAGCUGGAAAUCGGAUCUGUAUAAUACCGGUCGCAUUUACGACAAGCCGCCGCAAUGCGUGGACAUUCCAGACGACCUGCGACUCUGCCAUGAUGUCGGAUACACUCAGAUGUUGUUGCCUAACCUACUGGAGCACGAGAGCAUGGCAGAGGUAAAGCAACAGGCGGGAAGCUGGGUACCGCUCGUUCAUAAGAACUGUCAUCCUGGCACCCAGGUGUUCUUGUGUUCGCUCUUCGCGCCGGUUUGCCUGGAGCGGCCCAUCUAUCCCUGCCGUUGGCUCUGCGAGAACGUCCGUGAUGGAUGCACACCGAUCAUGGAAGCGUUUGGCUUCCCCUGGCCAGAGAUGCUUACCUGUGAUAAAUUUCCACAGGAUGAUGUGUGUAUCAGCGCUCCUAAUGUAACAGAAGCAUCCAAACCGGCCGGUUACUCUCCAGUCUGCCCUCCCUGUGAUAAUGAAAUGAAAAUGGAUGCCAUUCUGGAGCACAUGUGUGCCAGUGAGUUCGCCAUCAAGACUAAGAUUAAGGAGGUGAAACGGGAGAACAUGGACCGCAAGGUGAUCCUGCAAAAGAGGAAGAAGGCCUUGAAGCUGGGAACGCUGAAGAAGAAAGACUUAAAGAAGCUGGUUCUCUAUCUGAAGAAUGGAGCAGACUGUCCUUGCUCACAACUUGACAAUCUGAGUAACACGUACCUUAUCAUGGGCCGCAAAGUGGACAAGCAAUAUCUUCUCACCGGCAUUCACAAAUGGGAUAAAUCAAGCAAAGAAUUCAAAAAGGCUAUGAAGAAGCUUAAGAGUCACAAGUGUCCCGUCUUUGAGAAUGUUUUUAAAUAA